AUGUCGGCUUAUCCUUUUGCGUCGUCCUCCACUGUGACUGUCACUACAGAGCGCGACAGCUCAAUGUUCUCAGCUAGCCGCCCGGGAUUUAUGUUCUGUAAGUUGCGACGCAAAGCAUCCUAUGCAAUAAGCAAAUCUCGGAAUGCUACUGAACCAGAUGAUUGCGAGGCCACCAAGUGGAAAUGUCGCGUCGUUCAACUUCAUGGACAACAAGCAUACCAUGAUGCAGCUUCGUACAUAGUGAAUGGAUCAUUUCAUAAGCCGCGAAAGUAUGAAAUGGCACAUGUUAAUAGCGAAAUUUAUCCUACAAACGAUUCCAUGUCUUUAUUGAUUAAAGCUGACUAUCUCCUUAUUAAAAAUGAGGAAAUGCAACUUAUUAUUACGGUAACUGGUGCCACUAUACUUGCUCUGACAUACUACAUCAACUUUAAACGGCGAAACCAUGAUAGGUGUGGGAAAGCGAUGAAGAAGAAAGCAAAAAAGGGUUAA